AUGUCAUUCUUUGGCUUCGAUGCAACAGGCCGUCAUAACACGACGGCCCCUGGGUUUUCCCAGGCCCACGACCCCUUUGCCGGUCUUUCUGGCAGGGAUGGCGAUGGCGACGAUGCUCUCGAUUUCGAAGACACCUACGACGGUCUCGGUGACCAGCUCGACGAAACUGGCGAUGCGUUCAACGACGACACUUUCGGAGACAGCGGGCCUACUAACAGGGUCAAGCCUGGCAAGGACUUUGACUUCUUUGGUCAGACAGCCAAGGUAGCCAACGCGAUUGAGGAGGAGCACCUUCGAUACCAUCGCCAGCAGCCUGCUGCGAGGCCUUCUGUCGCUGCCCAGCCUGCUGCCAACAUGCAGCAAUAUUACUCGAGCCAGCCAACUCAACGGCCCGCGCGCACUGGUUAUGAGAAAUACCAGGACCCCGAGCCGCUCCCCGAUCUGCACGUCGACAGAAGUAUCUGGGGUAUCGGACCUGCCAAGCCAGCUGCCCAAGCCUCGCCCGCUCUCCAAGUCUCGCAGCCCGCUAGCCGCAAGGUCAUGAGUCUCGAGGAAGUCGAGGCCGCCAUGCGAGCGCAGCCAAAGCAGCCAACUCCUCAGCCCCCUAUUGCCGAACUUUCCUACGCCCAGUCUGGCGGAUACCCGACUCCCCAGCAACAGCAUGCCCAGCCUCAUGGACACGGACACCCGGUGACAAUCUUGCAACGGCCCCAGAACACGCAGUCUAAGCCCACACCCCCUGCCCAGGCAGGGCAGGCCCCGCCGCCUCGACAACAAGGAGCUUCGCAGCCCACGCAGAUCUUGCAGAACCCCAACCGCCUUUCUGGCGACGCUACUCAGAUGGGAGCUCCUGGCCACCAGGCUAAGCUCUCUCAGGGUGCCCUCGCUAACCUGGCUCAGCUUCAGCAGCAUCCCCAGAUGAUGCAGAUGUCAGAGGAGGAAAAAGCUGCCUUUUUGGACCAGGAGACGAAGAGGGCCAAGCGCAAUCACAAGAUCUGGCUCCUAUCGAAAGACAAUGGCUUGAUGACUCCCCAGGACAAGAACUUCAUUACUCGAAUUCAGCUCCAGCAGCUCGUAUCCGCUACAGGUAACCCUGUCGAAGGAUCUGACGCAUCCAUUGCCGAAGAUUUCUACUAUCAGGUGUACAGCCAUAUCCGAGCCGGUCAGCGUCAGAACCCCAGCCAGCCGCUCAGCAACUUUGCCCAGACUUAUCUCUACCAGACUGGUAGCCGCCAGGGUGGAAUGCGUCGCCAUGGCCGUCCGGCUGAGAACCACUUCCAGCGCAUGGAGCAGCAGGUUCAGAGAGCCGUCGAGGCCGCCAAGAACAAGCCCAAGAACCCCCAGCUAGUCAUUGCUGGAAGCUUGGGCAAGAUUUCUUUCAGCAAUGCCAAGACGCCCAAACCCCUGCUCAGCAUCAAGCGCACCGAGAAUGAAGCCCACCGGCCAACCGUUGGCAAGAAGGGUGGUCUAGACCGGAAGACGAUCCUACGUAACGUGGAAAAGGUCUACCAGACACUGAUGCAGAUUGAGGAUCACGUCCGCCUGAUUCCACCCCCCAUCACCAACCCGGCCGACGAGGAACUUCAGAACAAGCACAAGGAGUGGGCAACUAUCCUUGAGUCUUACAACGCCAAGCUCUGGCAUGAGCUGAAGGUCCACGAGCCCAUCGGUGCCACUGUUCCUCACCCCUUCAUCGCGUUCUUGUCUUGUGCAAAGGGCGAAAAGGCUAUUCCUCGACUCUUCCCCCACUUGUCAUUCGAGCAGCGAACCACGAUCCUCACCAUGAUCAUCUAUCACCUUGACCAGCUGGAUGUUGUGCAGGGAGCGGCCAUCAUCCCCGGUGAGACUACGACGCUCAACGCGAGGAUGCGGGAGAAGAUCGAGCUCUUCAUCUCUACUGUGAUGCCAUCCCUGAUGCAGUACUUCAACGAUACUGGAUUGGAUAUCGUUGACGGUGUCCUCAACCUGAUUGCUACUAAGCUUAAUGUCGACCUUAUUGCUAGAUCGAGAAUCGGCGUCUCCAUGUUGACUCUCAUCCUUAGCCGCGCUGUGCUUCUGAAGCAGACUGGUGCGGGUAAUGCUGAGCAAUGGGAGAAGUGGGAUCGUACUUUUGAAACAUUGUUUGCUCGACUUGAGCCAUCGCUACCUUACAUUUUCCCUGGUAGCGUUAAUACCGGAGAGGACGUCUACGUCUGGCAGCUCCUUGCUGCUAUGGGUGUCAGUGCAACCCAUGACCAGCAAACACGGCUGGUUCUCGCUGUCAAGGAUCGCGUCCUAGACACUGUCACUCUCUCCAAGACCCUGCCGCCGGCCAUGGCGGCCGACCGUCUCAGCAGCGUGAACCUAUUCAUGCGCUCCAUCGGAUUGGACGUGGAGCUGCUGCAGUAG